AUGGCUGAUCAUAUCAGAAGCAUCCAAGAAGGGCUAUUGGUCAAAAGUCUCUUUCAGCAUGCGGAGUCCAUCAAGCCUCAGCACGCUUCUGACCACGACGCCGAGAAGCCAGAAGCAGUGCCCUGGCAUCAGUUUCUCGAUGAGCUCUGUCAUCUCUGUCAGUUCCGACGAGGCGGCGAGGACAUCACAGCAAUAGCAGUGGAACGGACCAAGAAAGGCCAUAGAAUCUUCUGGAUCGCCACGAACUCCGGUAUGAAGCCUGAGUCGGAUGCUAGGAAAAUCGCUCGCAAAGAACAUCUGGCCUGGAUCUUGAAGACUAUCACAGCUCCGCGUGGUUGGAAUGUCGAAAUGGAAAAAGAAGAUGCUUCGGAGCUUGUUUUCGCGGAGGCUAUCAGGAAGAGCCCACAGAGAAUCAAAAACUAUCAGCACAGACUACUCUCGAUUGUGAAUGAAAUCGAUACUCAAGGAGACAACAGCGGCAGAACAGGCAAGGCUCUGAGAACACAAUUAGCAAUACACGCUAACACGCACAACGAAAGCUUCUCUUCUGGCUAG